ACUACACAUAGCGAGUACUCAUCUGCUACGUACGUAAAUCAAGCAAACUUAUAAAUAUAUUCUCUCCUAGCUUUCCUUACGUACGUACGUACGUAGUAUAUAUUUUUCAUGGAGUUUGCUGGUCUAAGUAGAAUUCAACCUCUUAGCUGGGUGAUCAUGAUGAUCAUGCUAGUUUCAUUUAUUGUCCUGUGUAGACUAUUAUGGUCUUGUUUGAUUUCACCUUCUCUAGCAAACUUGAAACUUAAGAGAAAUGGUUUCACAGGCCCAUCUCCUAGUUUCCCUCUCGGUAAUAUAAGUGAUAUUAUGGGAAUCAAGUCCAAAAUCAAUGCCUCUGAGAAUGGUACACAUCAUGAUAUACAUUCAAGGGUGUUUCCUUACUUUUCUAGUUGGCAAAAAUCUUUUGGGAAGGUAUUCAUUUACUGGCUGGGCACAGAGCCAUUUUUAUACGUGUCAGACCCAAAAUUUCUGAAAAAUUUGUCUGGACAAGUGUUGGCCAAGGGUUGGGGAAAACCCUCUGUGUUCAAACAUGAUAGGAAACCCAUGUUUGGCAAUGGUCUGGUCAUGGUCGAAGGCGACGACUGGGUCCGUCACCGCCAUGUCAUCACUCCUGCUUUCACCCCUGCCAACUUGAAGGCAAUGUCAUGUUUAAUAGUGGAGUCCGCCACAAAUAUGUUGGACAACUGGGCCACCCAGAUAAGUUCCGGCAACCCAGAAAUUGACGUGGAGAGAGAAAUUACAACGACAGCCGGGGAAGUCAUAGCAAAGACGAGUUUUGGGAUAAGUUACGAAAGUGGUAGGUUAGUGUUUGAGAAAUUAAAAGCUCUACAGACCACUCUCUUCAAGACAAACCGGUUUGUGGGGGUCCCUUUCAGCAAGUUCUUAUGCCCAACCAAAACUCUAGAAGCCAAGAAGCUUGGCCAAGAGAUCGACACUCUUUUUUUCUCUAUAGUGGAAGCUCGAAAGUUAGAGUCCAAAAAUAAAGAGUGUCGUCAACACUAUGACCUGCUUGGCUUGUUGCUUAAAGAGAGUACAGGAGGAGCGUCGUCGGGGAGGAGCUUGACGACGAGGGAACUGGUCGAUGAGUGUAAAACGUUCUUCUUCGGCGGACACGAAACGACGGCGUUGGCCAUCACUUGGACAAUGCUACUUCUUGCCAUGUAUCCUGAGUGGCAAGUUGAGUUGAGAGAGGAGAUUAAGCAAGUGAUUGGAGAUAAAGAAGUUGAUGCCACGUUGCUUGGUGGGUUAAAGAAGAUGGGAUGGGUGAUGAACGAAGUAUUUCGACUAUACCCUUCAGCACCAAAUGUGCAAAGGCAAGCAAGAGGAGACAUUAAAGUGGGCGACCAAACAAUCCCUAAUGGCACCAACGUGUGGAUCGACGUGGUGGCCAUGCACCAUGACCCAACUCUAUGGGGCGACGACGUAAACGAGUUCAAGCCACAGAGAUUUAAGGACGACAUAUUUGGAGGGUGUAAUCACAAGAUGGGGUUUUUGCCUUUUGGGUUUGGAGGGAGAAUGUGUGUUGGAAGAAACUUGAGCUUCAUGGAGUACAAGAUUUUCUUAACCCUUAUUCUAUCUAGGUUUUCUUUUAACCUCUCUCCAACCUAUACUCAUUCUCCUGCUAUCAUGCUUUCCCUCAGGCCUACCCAAGGGCUGCCUAUACUAUUUCAGCCGCUUUAAGUUAACCCUAUAUAUAAACUAGGUGGAUAGCAAGUAUGCAAUUUUAUUUCAGCCUCUAGAGUUAUAUUUUUUAUUAAUAAAGAUGUAAUAUUUUAUUAAUUAAAUAAAAAUACAAUGUUUAUAUAA